AUUUGGCUCCCGGCUAUGACCCUCAAAGGCGGCACCACCCAAGCAUGCGCUGCCUGCAAAUACCAACGAAAAAGAUGCACCCCUGAAUGCCCACUUGCCCCCCACUUCCGCCCUGAACACACCGAGAUCUUCAAAAACGCACACAAACUAUUCGGUGUCAAAAACAUCCUUAAAGUCCUCGAUCAAAUCGACCCUUCUCAAAAAACCGAAGCCAUGCGUUCCAUGAUCUACCAAGCCAACAUGCGCGACCGCUUCCCCGUUCACGGUUGCUACGGGAUCGUCAUUCAGCUUCAGAUUCAAAUUCGCCAGGCCGAGAAAGAGCUCUACGCUGUUUUAUCGCAGCUCGAGUUUUAUAAAAACCAGAGGCCACAACACGAGAUCGUGUUGUCGCCUCUCGACUCCCCCGAGUCGCAACGGUUGCAACUCGGAAUGGGAGUCGAACAACCGGGCAGUGCCACCGCCACCACGGCGGCACUUACCCUUUUUCAACAUGAAGGUGUUGGUGGUGGCGAUAGUCACCAACAACACCAGCAACCACAACAACAACCAUUUGUUGGGUUACCGAUUCCAUCGUAUAGUGGAAAUGGGAAUGCGCAUGAUGGGUAUAAUAAUAAUUCAGGGAUUCAUAUGGAUUUGAAGGAGAAUAUGAAUUUUGUUUGGGGUCAACAAACAUAUUGUAAUGAGAAUGAGAAUGAGAAUGAUGAUGGUGGAAAAGGUGUAGUGUCUACGUUGCAGUCUGAAUUGGUUAAUAGCACACAGCAGUUGACUAUUCAAGAUGAAGUGACUCAUGAUUAUGAUGAAAUCUAUCCGUUUUUUGAUACCAUUGAUGACACUCAAUCAUAUAUGGAUUCUAAGGAGGCUAAUGACUCAAGUCCGGAAUCAUCGCCUAAAGAAACCACACAGUCUGUUAAGCAUGUUGCAGGGAAUAACUUAAGAAGUGCUGAACUCCAACUAGGAAUCAUGAGUCAAGAAUACCAGGCAAUUGCUUAGAUGAGUUGAGAGAACAAAAGUACACAGCUAAAAAGAGUGCCUUCUUUUACUUUGCUAUAGCCAGACAGAUAUAUAAUCGUAAGGCGAUAGAUUAGCAGUGGUUCACUACAAUUUUUUUUUUCUACAUUUUUCCUAGUUUAUUAUUGCGGGAGUACAUCGUACAUUGAACAAAGUUGAGAG